AAGAAGAGGAACAUCGCCCGAGGCAUACCUUAUAAAGAGACCUCUGCAAGCAAUCGCGAAGAAUCCAAUUCGAAAUCGCAUCUCAGUACAGCCAAGCUUAUACCUCGAUACUGUAGGGACAAUGGCAGACGAGAAGUUGGAUCAAAGGCCCUCUCCAGAUUCCCCAGAGUCUGCGCCAAUUGUUACCAGCAAGCGCCAGCGACUCUCUGACAUCUUUACAAUUAUUGCUUCUGGCGUUGCCCUCAUCUCAGAUGGCUACUUCAAUAACAUCAUGACCAUGGCGAACGUCAUCCUUGCGAAAGAAUACCCCAAACAGUACACCGCAACAGUCAAGACCCGAGUCUCGAACGCGCUGUUAGUUGGAGAGAUUUUUGGGCAGGUGAUCGUGGGCUUGACAUGCGACUACUUGGGUCGAAAAUUUGCUAUUGUCACAACCACAAUGAUGAUCGUUAUUGGAGGAAUACUGGCUACAGCUUCGAAUGGAUACACAAUUGAAGGCAUGUUUUGGAUGAUGACUGUCGCCAGAGGAAUCGUAGGAUUUGGUGUUGGUGGCGAGUACCCCGCCUCCUCCACCUCAGCAUCAGAAGCAGCCAACGAACAUUCGCUCAAGAACCGGGGUCCGAUCUUCAUUCUCGUAACGAAUCUUCCGCUGUCAUUCGGAACUCCUCUUGCGGUUUCAGUCUUCCUCAUAGUCUUCUCAGCGUGCCAUCAGGCCCACUAUAGCACUGUUUGGCGGGUGUGUUUCGGCAUAGGAUGCUUGCUUCCCCUGUCAGUUUUCUACUUCCGGAUCCGAAUGUUGAACAGUAAGCUUUACCGACGUGGCGCAAUCAAAAAAGACGUCCCCUACAAACUGGUUCUUCGAUACUAUUGGAAGUCCUUGAUUGGGACGUGCGGUGCAUGGUUCCUCUACGACUUUGUUACAUUUCCGAACGGGGUCUUUUCAGGUACCAUCAUUGCGUCUGUCAUCCCCACGUCGUCAAAGCAUGUUAUACUUCAGACAGCGGAAUGGAAUCUGCUCCUUGGAUCCCUUGCACUACCGGGAGUCUUCCUAGGUGCGUGGCUGUGUACCAUCAUUGGACGCAAGAACACCAUGAUGCUUGGCUUCUCCGGAUAUCUUGUCUUUGGUCUCAUCAUCGGGUGUGCCUAUGAUAAGAUCACGAAGAUCGUGCCUUUGUUCGUCAUUUUCUAUGGACUGAUGCAAAGCUCUGGAAACCUAGGUCCCGGAGACAUGCUUGGUCUCAUCUCCUCUGAAUCGUAUGCCACUUCUGUUCGCGGAACGUGUUAUGGUCUAUCCGCUGCCGUGGGAAAAGCCGGUGCUGCCAUUGGUACUCAAGCCUUUACUCCAAUCCAAACCCAUCUUGGAAAGAGGUGGACUUUUAUUAUCGCAGCAAUUGUCGGAGUUCUUGGGGUUCUUGUCACUUAUUUCUUUGUGGAGCCUCUGACGGACGAAGAUUUGAGUGCUCGAGAUUCAAGGUUCCGCACCUAUCUCGUUGAACAUGGAUGGGAUGGGGUGAUGGGAGAAGCUGAUCUGAAGGCUUUGGCUGACGAUGGCCAGGUCCCAGGUGAGGGUAUCGAACAUGAGACUGUUUUGGCAAGCGAGAAGUAGUUCUCCUCUUGGCUAUAGUUCUCGAGGAGAAAUAUACCUCCACAAACAAUGUUAUUGAAGCAACUACCAGUCUGAGAAUUUACAGGGUCAAACCUCUCGUCUGGAAAACUUAUCUACCGGGGUUGGUGCAUUCCGGUCUUCUGUUCCUUCUCCACUGGCUGUCAAAAGCGAUCUGAAACAUUAUCCUCGGCAGUUUGUUUCACGACCAACACUAUCUCUACCCGUGAUUUGCCCAAUACGUCGGUAUCUUGAGGUGCCUACACACGGACUGAACGUUUCAAACGCCAAGUGGUCUCGGUUACGUAGAGGCCGGGGGCUAUGGCCAUAUCGUACAAUCCAGACACGGCCAAGUUGCAAAUCCUCUCGGCGAUGUUUCU